AUGGAUAGAAAAGAGAAGCGUUUUGGUGAAACUGAGGAACAACAGAGAACCUAUUUUCAAAUUGAGCUUGAUAUCUGCAGUGCUAACAGUGCCUGCAGGUCUCACAGUGCUCACAGUGCUCACAGUGCCUGCAGUGCUCACAGUGCCUACAGUGCUCACAGUGCCUGCAGGGCUCACAGUGCCUGCAGGGCUCACAGUGCCUGCAGUGCUCACAGUGCCUGCAGGGCUCACAGUGCCUGCAGUGCUCACAGUGCCUUCAGUGCUCACAAUGCCUGCAGGGCUCACAGUGCUCACAGUACCUGCAGGGCUCACAGUGCCUGCAGGGCUCACAGUGCCUGUACUGCUCACAGUGCUCACAGUGCUCACAGUGCUCACAGUGCCUGUAGUGCUCACAGUUUUCACAGUGCUCACAGUGCUUGCAGUGCUCACAGUGCUCACAGUGCCUGCAGUGCCUGUAGUGCUCACAGUUUUCACAGUGCUCACAGUGCUUGCAGUGCUCACAGUGCUCACAGUGCCUGCAGGGCUCACAGUGCUCACAUUGCCUGCAGUGCUCAGUGCUCACAGUGA